UGCCUUUAUCCUACCUGUCAUUCACCAAGUUCCUAUAAAAACCACUCCACUCCACAUCUUCCACACAUCAAACACUCUUCCUAAUAGCACCAAGCCUUCAAUAGAAACUUGCAAUUGCCUACAGAAAAAUGAAGCAAGUUUUAUUCUACCUCUUACUCCUGAUGCCUUUUUGCUCCUUAUAUUCAACCACAACAUUAGCCCAAGCACCUGAUGCAUCCCCAUCAAAACCAAUGGUCCAGUCACCCUCUACAGAUACCUCUGAUUCUUCCCCUGAUGACAUCAUCAGAAUAUUAAGGAAGGCCAAAUCGUUCAACGUCCUAAUUCGCCUUCUGAAAACCACCCAAUUGAUCAACCAAAUCAAUGCUCAGCUAAUAACCAUAAGAUCAGGUGGCUUAACCAUCUUUGCACCAGAUGAUGGAAGCUUUUCACAACUCAAAGCAGGGUUCCUCAACUCUCUGGCCGACAAUCAAAAGAUCGAACUUCUUCAGUUCCACGUUCUUCCCACUUAUGUUUCAAGCUCAAACUUCGAUUCACUGAGCAACCCCGUGAGAACUCUGGCCGGGGAUAACCCCACCAGGUUGCAAUUUAAUGUGACAGCAUAUGGCAGCAAUGUGAAUAUCUCAACAGGAGUGGUUAAUGCCACGGUCACGGGAGUUGUGUACUCAGAUAAGGUGCUUGCAGUCUAUCAUGUGGACAAGGUGCUUCUCCCUUUGGAUUUCUUCAGGCCUAAGCCACCAGCUCCUGCACCCUCUCCCGCAAUGGCGCCAAAAGCUGAUAAUGAUAACUCAUCUGCUGAUGCUCGCCUUGGAACAUCCAAGGACAGCGCUGAUGCAAGCAGUUUGAUAAGUACUCGAGGAAUGACAUUGCUGUCCUUUGGAGUUGCUUUAGUUGCAUUGGUGUUUAUUGCAAGUUGAAGGCUGGCCAGGCCAGAUCAGACCAGACAAUCUAUUUGACGAUUUUGACUUUAUGUUCUUUCUCUGAGCUGCGUAGGAAGAGUGCUGUUUGAGGGACAUGUGAAUUAUGAAGCGUUGAGUUGUUUACAUGUCCUUUUGAUACAAUUAAGAUUGUUUUUGUGUGAUUUUGAUACAAUCAAGGCAACAAAUAUUUUCAAUCUCAAACUACAUGGAGUUAAUACAUAUUAUGACGUGAGAAUA